GUUGCGCAGUCUCGCGUGCGCGCAUUGGGUUAUGUGUACUUGCAUUUUUGCUGUAGUGCGUGCGCGCGUGUAUGCUAAUGCGCGCAGGUUCUAUGAUGCAUGACCAGGUUGUAUGUCUCCACCCCUCGAUGGUGAGAACAGGAACGCUAUACGACCACACUGCAGACGAAGUUAGGCACGAAAAGGAUGCCGACACUCAAGGCGCAUGUCUAAGUUGAAGACAGGCUACCAGCGCCAGAUUACCAGUGCGCCAUGGAUUGGGGCAUGCCAUGCGAAGUCCAGGGCGGCAUUCAGCGCUACAUUCAGGAGCGAGCGGAGUAUCGUAAACAGGCAUCGCUUUGUUGCCUAUUGUGCUCAGGUGUGAGUGCCAUGGCACAGACAGUUUGCAGAUUUCCACGUGUGUGUAUGUUACCGUGUGUGCAUUUACGCAAAUCAACGUUUGCAUUAUGUGGUUCAUCAUGUUCUGUCUGUCUUGUCUUCCUGAUCUCUUUCCUGGUCUGGAUCGUUCUCUGUCUCGCUCUCCCUCUCUCUCUAUAUAUAUAUAUAUAUAUAUAUAUAUAUAUCUUCCCCUUUCUCCCUUAGAGCCACCCGGUGCCCAGGGACCCGCCAAUACCAUGCAGUGGUGAUUGACGCGGGCUCGACAGGUGGCUGCGGUGUUUCGCCGUCUCUCUCUCUCUCUCUCUUCUCCAUGCGCACCCUCCUCGCCCUCGUCCAUUUCAAGUGCCACGUGCGCCCCUCGUUUUACCACUUCCCAUCUCCGACGUCAUGCAUGCAUGCCCUCCGCAGAGUCGUCAUCAUCGCCUUCCGACUCUGGUUGAGCCCCAGCCCGCCUCGUCGAGAUGGGCCCCGCCGCAUUCCAGGCAAUCUACAGGGCAAGAUGUCGUCCCGACCCACCUCGGGACCUCCUUGCGCCUUCGGCUCAUUCGUCUCCAGACAAUCUCUAGCAGAUCGAGUUUUCCACCCCAGCGCUUGCCUCUUGUUUGAGCCCGUGCACAUGUGUUCCCUUCUAGCCCCUCUCAGCGUGUGAGCGCACGCGGCCAUCGAUUGGGCAGCCGAACGGGCUCAAGGCCAAGUUGCUCGUGGGAUUCUCGCCGCUCAGACGCCGAGUGGGCUCAGUAGCGCACCCUGGGUUGGGCGCCGUGUUCUCGGAGCGCGCUCUUGACGAGGCGUGCGGGCGCACAUCUUCGGGUGGGAGCCGCAGCCGUGCGCGUUCGACAACUACCUCUGCGCCGUCAUGAGGUGCUUCUGCGCCCUCUUGGUCAGGAAGCCCGACUCCGUGAACCAGUCCCUCGCGCAGUUGGUGGACUUCGCGCAGAGCACCCUCGCCGGCCGCCGGGAGGACUCCGACGGGGCAAUCAGUCUCGACAGCAUGGUGCUCUGGACACCCCAGGACUGGGACCACUUCCCGAUCUACCUCAUGGCCACUGCGGGCCUCCGACGCGAGCGCCCAGAGCACAGGGACAAGCUGCUGCUCGACAUCCGGGACGUCCUGCGGGGGUCGCAGUUCCACUUCCAGGACGACUUCGUGCGGAUCCUGAGCGGCGAGGAGGAGGGAGCCUUCGGCUGGCUCGCCCUGAACGCCGUCCUGGGGAACCUCGGGAGCCCGCUUGACUCGGUCGGGAUGCUCGACCUCGGAGGGGCGUCCUUCCAGAUCACGUUCGUGCCCCAGGCAGGCGAGGUCCUGGGGAGCUCUUACCCCCUGCUGUUGGGCGGCACGCAGACGAACCUGUACUCCCAGUCGUACCUGCAGUACGGCUACAAGAACCUCGUGGGCGAGAUCUCGUCCGUCCUCGAGCACCCCUGCUUCCCCAGGGGCCUUAACCACACCGAGCUCCUGAUCGGCAGCGAGGACGACGAGGGGGCCGACGGGAACGAGACCCCGCCGCUGAGGGCCGUAUGGCACGGGGUUGGAGAUCCGAGGUCGCUCGCGCGCAUCUCCGCCGGGACUGUAACAUGCCGGCUGUCCUGCCAGGUGGAGAAGCUCUUUCCAAAGGGUGGGUCGUGCUACAAUCCUCCGUGCACUUUUGGAGGGCGCUAUCAGCCGAGGCUGCUGGAUCGCCAGUUCAUUGCCUUUUCCACAUUCGGAUUCAUUGCCCGUGUCCUCGCACUUCCGAGCGACACCAAGCUCGAAGACAUCGAGGGAGCCGCGCAGUACAUUUGUAAAGUGGACUGGUCCACGCUGAGGGAGAGGCUGCGCGACUACCCCGAAGACGUCGUGCGCACGCUCUGUUUUUCUGCCACUUACAUCGUGGCACUCCUGCACGUGUGCUCCAGCGAUGGCUCGCCCGCCCCUCCGCCCGCUUCGGGCCCCUGA